CGCUAGAGGACGUAAUACCACAUCGAGACGCACACAAAUCUGACUCUCUUCGGCUUCCAUACACAGCGUGGAUGUCAAUGACAUUCAUAUAGAAAGCUUUCGUAAGUACGCGCGUGCGGAUGCUUGUAAGAUGUCAGUAAGCUUUUUAUUCAGGACUCUCAGUAAAGAUUUGGCAAAGGUCAGCCGGCACCCUUUGCACACAGCAUGUCAUCGUCUUCUGGCAGCUGACAAGAGCCUCCUGGUCAAACUGAGAAAAAGCACCGGCUACACCUUUAUUAACUGCAAGAAAGCGCUGGAGAAGUUUGACAAUGACAUAGCACAGGCGGAGGCUUGGCUGCACGAGCAGGCCCAGAAAGAAGGUUGGAGCAAAGCGAGCAAGUUGGAGGGUCGCAAAGCCGGAGAGGGACUCAUUGGCCUCUUGAUGAGAGACCAAGUUGCAGUCAUGGUCGAGGUCAACUGUGAGACAGACUUUGUCGCCCGCAAUGAGAAAUUUCAGCAGCUGGUGAAAGACGUCGCCUUCUCCACCUUGGCUCACCACCAAAAUAAAAGCCAAAGUCGGACCGGAUACCUCAAGAGUCUCCUGGCAUCGGACGAACUCAGCAAACUGAGCGUGUCGGAUGGAGCCACCCUCGCCGAUAAGGUGGCUUUAAGCAUAGGCCGCCUGGGUGAGAACAUGUCAGUGAGGCGGGCAGUCACAGUAAGCGUCCCCGCCGAGUGGACUAUUGGCUCGUACGUUCACGGUGGCGUGGCGGGACAGACCGAGGUGGCCAUGGGACGCUACGGCGCUCUGGUUGUGUUCCAGGGUGGAAAAGAAGAACAACGUCAAAGUUUGGGGCGCAAACUGGGACAGCACAUUGUGGGGGAGGCGCCCACGUCGCUUGGUAACAUGGAUGACCUGCCGUGCGGUGAAAGCGAGACGCGCCUCCUGCCUCAGACCUUCCUGGGAGACCCCAGCAGGACUGUAGCCCAGUUUCUCAAGGGUCAGCAGGCUCGAGUGCUGGACUUUGUCAGGUUUCACUGUGGAGAGAGCACUGUUGAGGAAACAAAGUGAUGACACUUUUUUUUUGUUUGUUUCAAAAUGAAAUGUUCAAUUCUUUUUUUCUUUUUCUUUUUGAGACGUCAUGAAUUUUACUGUCAAUCAUUUUUCAUUGUCCACCAUCCCUUAGCAAUACAAUACAAUACAUGAUGAUUUCUAUAGCGCUUUCACAACAGCGACAGCUGUAACAAAGCGCUUAACAAAACAGUUAACAUAAAGUAAAAUGAUAAACACAACACAUAACAUAAAACACAGACAGUCGUGCAGUCCUAACCAUUUUUCCGUCACACGCUUUGUUGUUUGAAGCAGUUUGAGAUGAAAGAGAGAAUCAAGGUGUCCUUUAGCCAGGGGAUCAGAGACGUCCUGCUCAAAAUGUGCACACGUCGGCUACAAAGUUUCAAAGUCAACAAGAAGCUGUAGCAUUCAUUGAUGAAAAAAGAGAUUGGUUCAAUUCUCCUGUCCCAUGGAAAUCCAUUUCAAUUCCAAGCGGCGACUCUCGGUUCCAAAUACGCAUCGGCGCUCUGCGCCGACGCUCCUCGCUCCUCAUCCUCAAUUUCAGCAGCCAUCCGCAUCUCCACUGAACAAAACGGGGUUGUGAAAAAUGCUGCCCAUUACAGGCGCAAAAAACACAAGCACCCCAGGUCUGUCUGGCGCCGACAUUCCUCCCAACCAAAAUCUGUGCUGGUACAGGCGUGCUGCCGAGAAGGCGCAACCACCAAGCAGAGAUACGUCUCCUUUGACGAAUGUCGUGGCCAAAAAACGCUGAAAACAGUCUAUAUCAGGUCCACACGAUGAAACAACAACAACAUGUGACAAAACAAAAGACAAAAACAACAAAAAAAGAACAAAAAAGCAAGGCUCUUGAAGAGCACUUGCCGAAGGCUGCCUCCUCGGGCGCCAUCUUAUAUUCAUAUCAAAAUGUACUUUUCCCACUCUGGACAAAGGGAGGUGAGGACGAUUGGAGCACAGUCCCAAAAAUUAUACAUUUUUUACAAUGUAACUCUAUUUGGAAGGAUUGUUUUUCAUUGCUUUUCAUUCAUUUUUCAUUUGUUAGUCAAUUUCCAGUAUAUUGAUUGUUGUAUACAGUGCAUGGAUGUUAGUUUGCUGAAUCCUUACGAUGCUGAACAUCAGUGAUGCGUUCCGAAGGACCGAAGGGCAUUUGUUGAAAGAAAUGUAAGGUGCUUCAUGAAAUGUUUUGUAAAAGAUGCGUUCAUUAAAUUUCAACAUUUUCCAAAA